GCGGGGCUUUAUUAUUUUAGCAUCCCGGGCAGCAGGUUUCUGCUAAGUUUGGAGUUACUCGCCACGACUGUAUGCCUGCGUCCCAUAGGUAAUAUCUAACCACCGACCAGGGGCUCUGCAACACAAGGAGUCUGCAUGUCUAGCAACUAGACAUGCUCAGCUUUGUGGAUACACGGAUUUUGUUGCUGCUCGCAGUAACUUCAUACCUAGCAACAUGUCAAUCAAAUGAGGCAACUGCAGGGCGGAGGGGUCCCAGAGGAGACAGAGGGCCACCAGGAGAAAGGGGUCUACCAGGUAUACCAGGCAGAGAUGGUGAAGAUGGUCCACCAGGGCCACCAGGCCUCCCUGGUCCUCCAGGUCUUGGCGGAAACUUCGCUGCUCAGUAUGAUCCAUCUAAAGCAGCUGAUUACGGCCAAGGACCCAUGGGUAUAAUGGGACCCAGAGGUGCACCUGGAACAAGUGGACCCCCUGGUGCUCAAGGUUUCCAAGGACCUGCUGGUGAACCUGGUGAACCUGGUCAAACAGGUCCCGUUGGUGCCCGUGGUCCAGCUGGUCCUCCUGGAAAGACUGGUGAAGAUGGUCACCCUGGAAAACCUGGAAGAUCUGGUGAGAGGGGCGUUCCUGGUCCUCAGGGUGCUCGUGGUUUCCCUGGAACUCCUGGUCUGCCUGGCUUUAAAGGAAUUAGGGGACACAACGGUCUGGAUGGUCAAAGGGGACAAGCCGGUGCACCAGGUGUCAAGGGUGAACCUGGUGCCCAUGGUGAAAAUGGUAGCCCAGGACAAGCUGGUGCUCGUGGCCUCCCUGGUGAAAGAGGAAGAAUAGGUUCUCCUGGACCCGUUGGUUCUCGUGGAAGUGAUGGCAGUGCUGGCCCCACCGGUCCUGCUGGCCCCAUUGGUGCUGCUGGUCCUCCAGGUUUCCCAGGUGCUCCUGGUGCCAAGGGUGAUAUUGGAGCUGCUGGUGCUGUCGGUCCCAGUGGUCCUGCUGGUCCAAGAGGUGAGCCUGGACUUCCUGGUGCUUCUGGCCCUGUUGGCCCUGCAGGCAACCCUGGUGCUAAUGGCAUUGCUGGUGCUAAAGGUGCAGCUGGUCUUCCUGGCGUUGCUGGUGCUCCUGGUUUGCCUGGUCCUCGUGGUAUUCCUGGACCUGCUGGCCCAGCUGGUACAGCUGGUGCUAGAGGACUUGCUGGUGAGCCUGGACCUGCUGGAUCCAAGGGAGAAUCUGGUAACAAGGGUGAACCUGGUGCUGCUGGUCCAGCGGGUCCCGCUGGUCCAAAUGGUGAGGAAGGCAAGAGAGGCGCUACUGGUGAAGCUGGUGCUACCGGCCCCUCUGGUUCAGCAGGUCUAAGAGGCGUUCCUGGGUCUCGUGGUCUCCCUGGAUCUGAUGGCAGAACUGGUGGUAUGGGACCUGCUGGAAGCCGUGGUGCUCCUGGUCCCGCUGGUGCUAGGGGUCCUGGCGGUGAUUCUGGUCGCCCUGGUGAGCCUGGCCUCCUUGGUCCAAGAGGUCUUCCAGGUCAACCUGGUAACCCAGGCCCUGCUGGCAAGGAAGGCCCCGUUGGUUUCCCUGGCGCUGAUGGUAGAGUUGGCCCAACUGGUCCAGCUGGUGCAAGAGGCGAGCCUGGCAACAUUGGAUUCCCUGGACCAAAAGGUCCCAAUGGUGAACCUGGCAAACCUGGUGACAAAGGCAAUGUUGGUGUUGCUGGCUCACGGGGUGCUCCUGGUCCUGAUGGCAACAAUGGUGUUCAAGGUCCCCUGGGCGUUGCUGGCAAUCCUGGUGCAAAAGGUGAACAAGGUCCAGCUGGUCCCCCUGGCUUCCAAGGUCUCCCAGGCCCCUCAGGCCCUGCUGGUGAAGCUGGUAAACCAGGCGACAGAGGUAUUCCAGGUGAAUUUGGUCUCCCCGGUCCUGCUGGCCCAAGAGGUGAACGUGGCGCUCCAGGUGAAAGUGGAGCUGUUGGUCCUGUAGGUUCCAUGGGAAGCCGUGGUCCAACUGGCUCACCAGGCCCUGAUGGUAACAAGGGUGAACCUGGCAAUGUUGGUGCCCCUGGUGGUCCAGGCCCAGCCGGCCCUGGUGGAAUCCCAGGAGAGAGAGGUAUUGCUGGUGUCCCAGGAGGCAAAGGUGAAAAGGGUUUACCAGGCCUCAGAGGCGAAGUUGGGGCAACAGGAAGAGAUGGCUCUCGGGGUAUUCCUGGUGCUGUUGGAUCCCCUGGCCCUGCUGGUGGCCCUGGUGAUCGGGGUGAAGCUGGUCCUGCUGGCUCUGCUGGCCCUGCUGGUCCUCGUGGUGCUCCCGGUGAACGUGGUGAGAGUGGUCCUGCUGGCCCUAACGGAUUUGCUGGACCUCCUGGUGCCGCUGGCCAAACUGGUGCUAAAGGCGAGCGGGGUCAGAAAGGACCUAAGGGUGAAGUUGGUCCACUGGGUGCUAUUGGCCCAGCUGGCAGUAGUGGACCAGCAGGUCCCAUUGGUGCUGCAGGCCCCGCUGGUGGUCGCGGUGAUGCUGGUCCUUCUGGCGCCACUGGUUUCCCUGGAGCUGCUGGCAGAACUGGUCCUCCCGGCCCUGCGGGUAUCACUGGUCCCCCUGGUCCUCCUGGCCAGUCUGGCAAAGAUGGUCCUAGAGGCCCACGUGGUGAUACUGGUCCAGUUGGUCGUCCUGGUGAACAAGGUAUCGUUGGCCCACCUGGUUUCACUGGUGAGAAAGGUCCAUCUGGAGAGCCUGGUGGUGCUGGUCCUCCUGGUACCUCAGGACCUCAGGGUAUUCUUGGUGCUCCUGGUAUCCUUGGUCUCCCUGGCUCUCGGGGAGAACGUGGUCUUCCUGGCAUUUCUGGAGGAACAGGUGAGCCAGGCCCUGCUGGUAUUUCCGGUCCUUCCGGUUCACGUGGUCCCUCUGGCCCCUCGGGUGCUCCUGGUCUGAACGGUCCCCCUGGUGAAGCUGGCCGUGAUGGCAAUCCUGGUAAUGAUGGUCCUCCAGGCCGUGAUGGUGCUCCUGGUUUCAAGGGUGAGCGUGGUUAUCCUGGCAACAAUGGUCUCGCUGGUGCUGCUGGUGCCCCUGGUCCACAUGGUGCAGUUGGUCCUUCCGGAAAGCCUGGAAAUCGUGGUGAACCUGGUCCCGUUGGUGUUACUGGUUCUGUUGGUCCUGCUGGUGCAAGAGGUCUUGCUGGCCCACAAGGUCCACGUGGUGAGAAAGGUGUGCCAGGUGAUAAAGGACCUAGAGGCAUGCCUGGCUUUAAGGGACACAAUGGAUUGCAGGGUCUGCCCGGUCUUGCUGGCCACCACGGAGAUCAAGGUGCUCCUGGUUCCACCGGCCCUGCUGGUCCAAGGGGUCCUGCUGGUCCUUCUGGUCCUCAUGGUAAAGAUGGUCGCAAUGGACUUCCUGGUCCUAUUGGACCUGCUGGUGUGCGUGGUUCUCAGGGUAGCCAAGGUCCUAGUGGUCCACCCGGUCCACCUGGUCACCCUGGCCCACCUGGUCCCAAUGGUGGUGGAUAUGAAAUUGGCUAUGAUGCUGAAUACUACCGGGCUGAUCAGCCAUCUCUCAGACCUAAGGACUAUGAAGUUGAUGCCACUUUGAAAUCACUGAACAACCAAAUUGAGACCCUCCUGACCCCAGAAGGCUCCAGGAAGAACCCAGCCCGCACCUGCCGUGACUUAAGACUCAGCCACCCAGAAUGGACCAGUGGUUUCUACUGGAUUGAUCCCAACCAGGGGUGCAUCAUGGAUGCCAUCAGAGUGUACUGUGACUUCUCCACUGGUGAGACUUGCAUCAAUGCUAAUCCAGAAAACAUCCCCACUAAGAACUGGUAUGUCAACAAGAACCCCAGGGACAAGAAGCAUGUGUGGUUUGGCGAAACUAUCAAUGGUGGUACACAGUUUGAAUACAACGAGGAAGGCGUGACCUCCAAGGAUAUGGCCACCCAACUUGCCUUCAUGCGUCUGCUGGCCAACCAUGCCUCCCAGAACAUCACCUACCACUGUAAGAACAGCAUUGCAUACAUGGAUGUGGAAACUGGCAACCUUAAGAAGGCUGUUAUACUGCAGGGAUCCAAUGAUGUUGAACUACGAGCUGAAGGCAACAGCAGGUUCACUUUCAGUGUUCUUGAGGAUGGCUGCUCUAGAAAGACCAAUGAAUGGGGCAAAACAAUCAUUGAAUACAGAACGAAUAAGCCAUCUCGCUUGCCCGUCCUUGACAUUGCACUUUUGGACAUUGGUGGCGCUGACCAAGAAUUCGGUUUGGACAUUGGCCCAGUCUGUUUCAAAUGAAUGAACUCAAACUAACUUAAAAUCAAAAAAAAAAAAAUCUCUCUUUGCCAUUUCUUUUUUUAUACUGAAAGCUGACUCCUUCCAUUUCUUCUGUUCAUCUACUUGCUUAAACUCUGGGCAAAAGAGAAGGAGAAGGAUUGAUUGAAGCGUUGUGCAAUGCAAUUUAAUACAGCCCCAAAAGGACUCAGAAGUCUUUCAAGAUUUUAACACCUUGUUUUGGGAAAUGUCAGCCUUUGUAAAAAAAACAAAAUAAAAAAUCAUGAAAGUUUG